CCAAUGAGGUGUCGCCGCGUUCCGGGCCCGACUGCCGAGAACAAGCCGGUGAUAAGGGGGAACUAAAACUGCCGAGUGUUAGAGCACAGAGGUUGUGAAUCAAGGCAGGUAAACUUAGCCCACAGCUUGCAGGGAGAAGCUCAGUUGGCGCCGAUCUCUUAAAGGUUCAGUUUGUCCUGACUCAAGGAAGGAAAGUUUGACAGCUCAUCAUGGGGACCAGGAGUCUGCUGCUGGUUUCUCUCAGCUGCCUCGUGCUGGCCAUGCUGCCUCCUUACACAGAGACCGUGGCGGUCAUGUCGGUUGACCUUGGCAGCGAGUGGAUGAAAAUUGCCAUCGUGAAACCUGGUGUGCCGAUGGAGAUAGUUCUCAACAAGGAGUCGAGGAGGAAAACGCCCAUAGCUGUUUGUCUGAAGGAAAACGAGAGACUUUUUGGAGAAAGUGCAUUAGGCGUGUCUGUGAAGAACCCUAAAACGGUCUAUAGACACCUCCAAAGCCUCCUGGGUAAAAAGCACGACAACCUCCAGGUGGAGCUCUACCGGAAACAUUUUCCUGAGCAUCAGCUCCAGGAGGACACCAUGAGAGGAACAGUUUCCUUUAAAAGCUCAGAAGAAUUGCAGUACACACCUGAGGAACUCCUUGCAAUGAUGCUCAAUUAUUCAUGUGGACUGGCUCAGGACUUUGCAGAACAGCAAAUCAAAGAUGCAGUAAUCACCGUCCCAGCCUUUUUCAACCAGGCAGAGCGCAGGGCAGUCCUGCACGCUGCACAGAUGGCAGGUCUAAAGGUCCUUCAGCUCAUCAACGACAACACAGCCGUGGCCUUGAACUAUGGCGUGUUUAGGAGGAAAGAUAUUGACAACACAGCUAAGAAUAUCAUGUUUUAUGAUAUGGGCUCAGGCAGCACCACUGCCACCAUCGUCACCUAUCAGACCAUCAAAACCAAGGACUCUGGCAGCCAGCCCCAGCUGCAGAUCCAAGGUGUUGGAUACGACCGUGGGCUGGGAGGCUUUGAGAUGGACCUGCGACUGCGGGAUCACCUGGCAAAACUUUUCAAUGAGCAGAAGAAGUCCAAGAAGGAUGUGAGGGAGAACCACCGAGCUAUGGCCAAGCUCCUCAAAGAGGCCCAGAGACUUAAGACUGUGCUAAGUGCAAAUGUGGACUUCAUGGCCCAGGUGGAAGGCCUGAUGGAUGACAUUGACUUCAAAGCUAAGGUGACCAGGGCUGAGUUUGAAGAGCUGUGUGCAGAUCUCUUUGAGAGAGUCCCUCUCCCAGUCCAGGGUGCUCUCACGGCUGCAGAAAUGAAACUGGAGGAUAUUGAGCAGGUGAUUUUAGUCGGAGGCGCUACUCGCGUCCCCAAAGUUCAGGAAGUGCUGCUCAAGGCUGUGGGGAAAGAGGAGCUGGGGAAGAACAUCAAUGCAGAUGAGGCAGCAGCCAUGGGUGCUGUGUACCAGGCUGCUGCCCUCAGCAAGGCCUUCAAAGUCAAAACUUUCCUCGUUCGAGAUGCAGCUGUCUUCCCCAUUCAGGUGGAGUUUUCCCGGGAGAUGGAGGAAGAAGGCGUCAAAACCCAGAAACACAACAAGCGCAUCCUGUUCCAGAGGAUGGCGCCGUACCCCCAGCGGAAAGUCAUCACGUUCAACCGCUACAACGACGACUUCUCCUUCAACAUCAACUACGGCGACCUCAGCUUCCUGAGUCAAGAUGAACUCAGUGUGUUUGGCUCUCUGAACCUGACCACAGUCAAGCUGUCUGGAGUGGGAAACAGCUUCCAGAAGCACACAGAUGCCGAGUCCAAAGGGAUCAAAGCUCAUUUCAACAUGGAUGAAAGCGGGGUGCUCCUGCUAGACCGGGUGGAGUCUGUCUUUGAAACGGUUGUGGAGGAGAAAGAAGAGGAAUCUACAUUAACUAAGCUGGGAAACACAAUUUCCACUUUGUUUGGAGGAGGAUCCUCUGAACCUGCUCCGAAUGUAACUGAACCUGCCCAGGAUGAGGAAGAGGUACCUCCAGAGUCCGGGAAGGACGACAAGGACGAGGACCAGAAGGACAAAGAGGCCAAAGAGACGCAGGAUGAUUCAGAGAAAAAAGCAGACGAAGAGAAGAGUCCGGAGAAGACGGAGGAGGCAGGCAGCAAGACGGAGGCCACGGAGGAAAAGGAUGGAGAGAAAUCUGACAACACAGAGGCAGAGAAGACAAAACCUCAGAAAAAAAGCAAAAUCUCUGAAGACAUCACGGUGGAGCUCCUCAUCAACGACAUCAUCGACCCCACCGCUGAUCACCUGACCGCCUCUAAAAAGAAGCUGCAGGAUUUGACAGACAGAGAUUUAGCCAAACAGGAGAGAGAAAAAACUCUGAACACCCUGGAGGCGUUCAUCUUUGAGACGCAGGACAAGCUGUACCAGGAGGACUACCUGCUGGUGGUGACUGAGGAGGAGAAGGAGCAGAUCUCAGCCAAGCUGAGCGAGGCGUCGGAGUGGAUGGACGAGGAAGGCUACACCGCCACCACCAAACAGCUGAGAGAGAAGCUGUCUCAGCUUAAGAGCCUCUGCAAGGACAUGUUCUUCAGGGUGGAGGAGCGACGCAAGUGGCCGGACCGCCUGGCUGCUCUCGACAGCCAGCUCAACACCUCCAGCUUCUUUUUGAGGAGCGCCAAACUGAUCCCAGAGGACGACCAGAUUUUUACUGAAGUUGAACUGAACAUGUUGGAAAAAGUCAUCAAUGAAACAACAACUUGGAAGAAUGAGACUGUAGCAGAGCAGGAGAAACGUUCUCCUCAAGAGCGUCCCGUCCUGCUGUCUAAAGACAUUGAGUCCAAGGUGGCACUUCUGGAUCGAGAGCUCAACUAUUUGCUCAACAAAGCCAAGUUUGCCAAGCCCAAGGCUAAAGCUAAGCCCAAGAACAGCACAAAUACAGAUAAAAGCAGCAGCAAGGCCAAUAACACAGCAGGGGAAAAAGACGUCCCACCGACAGAAGACGACGCAGACGCAAAGAGUGCAGGAAGCCCAGAAGACGUCCCGGCUGGUGAAACUCCACCCACUGAGGAGACCCCUCAACAGUCAAACUCAGACAGCCAAUCAGAGCCCACAGAAGAAACGAUAACCACAGAAUCAACAGAGAAGGCUCAACCUGAAAACCACAUAGAGGAUGAAUUAUAACAGCUGGAACUGUGGGGGAAAAAAAAAUCACUAUUUAUUGACAGUGUGAAAUGUUCAAGUUCCCUCUCUCUUUCUCUUUCUUGAUUUCUUUUUUAUUUUCUCUCUCUCUCUUUCUCUCUCUGUUGAAUUUCUGGAAGCUGAUUGGAUGAAUACUGAAGAAUCCUCUUAUUAUCCCCUCCCUUGUCUUCCCGUGCAUCUCCUCUUUUUGUCUUUCAUGGAGUGUUUAAGCGGCGGACAUGACAGAGAAACAGUUCAACCAAAACAAAGCCCCAGACUGCAUCUGUGCAAAGAUAAAAGCAGAGUACAAAAAAGAGGAAAAGAUGCUUCCUUGUGUCCACCAUUGGGAUCUUAAUGGAAUUGUUAGCUGAGCACUGAUCUGUUGCUAGCACUUAAUUUCCUUAACCCAUUCAGACCUGAUGCUACAAAUGUGUACUUUUAGCUUUCAUGCCUGUGUGACACGCAUCAGCAUUUCAAAAACACUUAUUUUUUAUACUGACAAACUGGAGGAUAAAGUCAGGAAUUUACAAUAAAAACUGAAGGUUUAACCUCUCCAAUGGUUUUUAUUUUUGCCUUUUCUAAUUUCUCCAGAGGCUGUGAGAUACAAAGUUUUAGUGAACUUGGUGAAAAAGCUCUUUUUAAACGAAGCUUUAGGUCUGAAUGAGUUAACAGUGGUGCGGUGCUGCUAGCUUAGCAUCCUUCUGAGCUCCGCUGAGUUAACGGUGUUACUCACAGCCAGUGAUGCCACAGAUUAC